AUGGAAGCCACCAAGAAGGUGGGGGGCCCUGAUCCAUCGGGCCCCCAGGGCCACCCCUUGGUCAGCAGCCAGCAUCUGGGGGGUAGUCUCAGAAGGUCCCAGGGACCAUGGGUAAGCCCAGGAUCUCUAUACUUCAAGCAGGGUUUGUCACUGUCUAACGAGACUGUCAUUGAAGGGGCCUGUGGCCCCAUCUCCCAGGCCCACAUCCCUGAGCCCAUUCACCAGCUACUCCAGGACUCUGUGCAGGUCGGCUCCCAGCGUGACAGUGAGCAGGCUUCCCAGGAUGCCUCGAGACUCUCUUCCACCAACCCGUUUCCGAGUCCCAUCAUGGGAGCCCAACAGCAUCUCAACGUGGAGGAGGGGACCCUGUUACCUGUGUGCAGGCACAGUGGCAGCACCAGUGACGUGGCCCAGCAUGGACCCUGCGGCCCCCGACUUCAGGUGCAGAUUGGGAGAGAGGUCAAGGCUCCCGCCAAAGUCCUGGUAGGCUGGGGCAAAGGGCCCUGCAACCCCGACCAGAUGGCCCCCAUGGUCACCAGGAAGAGUCGGUGGCUACCCUAUUUCCUCUCAGCAGAGGAUGGUCUAGUCGAAAGCCAACGUCCUCUUCUGGCUCCAGCUCAGGCUCUAGCUCAAGAUCAGGGCCAGGGCAAGCAUCCCGGUCCAGCGCAGGCUCCUACCCUGUCUAAAACUUCUUUUCUGUCACUGGCUCCUCCAGUGACUCCAGUGGCUCCAGCUCAGGUGACCACUCCAGCUCUGGAUGUGACCCCGACGCCCGCUGCAGCUGAACCUCAUACCCUCGAACCCAUGAAUGAAACCAGUGCGGUCACCAAGGCCCUGUCUCAAGACCUCCUCCUCAGGAGGUGUGGCAACCAAUGGUCAGUCCUCAUGGAGUCCUCCAAAGUGGUCACAUCUUGCCAGGACAAAGUGAAUUUUCACUCUAAAGAGGAGACUUCCACUGUGACACCUACUCAAGAAACAUUUGUGGAGCAUGUCCAGGAGUGUGAGGUUGUCAAAAGGCAGGUGACACCUGAACCACCUGAGAAGUUGGUGGAGAAGCCCCCGGUCUACACCUCUAGGCCUGGCAGCCCAACACCAACUGCAAACGCCCCAGGAACCCCCAAGACCCAGAGGAGUAGCCAGGAGAUCUGCAGUUCUCAGCCAGAGAAGCAGCCACCCAAUAUCUGCAGCAAGACCUGCACCAGUGUGCCGCUGUCUGCCUACCAGGUCACCUGCCACAAGCAGCCCCCACCCCAGUUUCCCAGAGAAGCCAUUCAGAUCCCCGCCUCCAGUGCCCCCACCUGCCAGCUCCGAGAAGCUGUGGAAGACCGUGUGCUGGUGUUUGAUAUGGCCACAGGCAAUACCAGGAUAGGGCUGCUAUGCCAUGACCCUAUGGGCUCCCGGGCAGUGCUGGUGGGCCUCAUGCCCAGCCCUCCAUCCAUCUAUGCUUCUGACACUUUGCUGUCCACCCGGCCACUGGCCAGGCCCAUCCUCUCCCCUGACAGCAAUCACUCCAACUUCUGGUCCACCACGCCCAUGCUAUCCAGCCCUGUGCCCUCCAGCCUCUCAUCUGGUAGUUACCGAGAGGUAGCCCUGGUUCCCAAGGAAGCCAGGCUCAACCUGGAGUCACGGGACUCCACUGGUACUGAGUCACCCAUCAGAGUUGGGAUGCUCACUGGGCCUGUUCCCCUUGGGAUGCCGCUCCAGUUUGGUGAGAGGAUACUGACACAUGUCCCUGAUCCUGGCUGGGCCAAACCUGAUACUGAAAAAAAUGAACCUAGUCGCACCAUCUGGAUGCUGGACUCCUCCAGGGUGCCAGAUGCCCCCAUGAUCCAGGCCAAGAAACUACAGUGGAUGAACUCAGAGUCUGCUUCAACAACCAACGCACAGCCAGCACCUGGCUCUUUGCUCCAGGAAGAUUUAUCCAGCCAGAAACAGAAAGAGGUUGUUACUGCUCACCCUGAUAGCUCUCAUGCCAAAGAUGCUGGGCAGGUCUCUCAUUCCGGUCAGACUUUCCUCAGUGGGCAGACCCUGCUUGCUGGACAGACACCGCUAACUGGCAAGCCCUCGGGCACCAAGCAGGACGCCCCUCCUGGCCAGCUCCCUCUCACUGGGCAGAUCCCUCUUGCCACACAGCUUUCCCUCACUGGGCAGGUGCCCCUCACUACGAAGCCCCUCAUCGUCAAAGAGUCCCCCCACUCAAGAGGGCCCCCCACCACUGGGGGACCUGGACAGCCCUCUGCCCAGGAAGGUGAGCCCUUGGACUUGCCUGCCCAUGUUGGGGUGCUUCGGGUGCCCCUGGCCCCCGAGGAGACCUGUAUCUAUGUGAGCAGAGACAAGGCUGGCAUCAGCAGCACCCAAAGCACCAGCAUGCAUCGGCUCUCAUCCUGGCAAUCUGGCAACGCCCAUGGGGCGCAGGAGGAGCAGCUUUCCUUAAUCACGUUUACCACACCUGGCAAGGUCUUGCCCAUGGCCAUAGUGGAUGCUGAGCCCCAGAACGCCCGGUUCAAGCUGACACCAGAGGACAUUACACACUCAUCCAUGGUCACACACCUCGGCCUGCUCCGCGGCGCCUGCUAUGAGCUGGUGUCCACCAUGGACGCAGUACCGGUGCAGUCACCAGUGCUCUGCCGCCACUCACUGGGCCCUUACCAAAACAUGGCGGCUGUGGUGAUUGACACAGGCACAGGAUUCACCAAAUGUGGACUGGCUGGAGAGGAUCACGUCCUCAACGUGGUCCCUUCCCGAGUCCAGCUGCUGCAGCACCCAGUCCAGGGCCAGCCCCGGUACGCAGUACCCGAAAACCAGGAGGGCUCCUACCCGAUGCUGAACAGAGGCGUGGUCUCUGACUGGGAUGCGCUGGAGGUGCUAUGGCAGCACCUGUUCUACUGCAGGCUGGGCGUGCAGCCCGAGGAGCUGGCCGUGCUCGUGGCCGACUCGCCCAUCUCACCACGGACCAAUCGAGAGAAGGUGGCCGAGAUCCUGUUUGAGCGCUUCCGAGUGCCAGCCAUGCAGACUGUGCACCAGGCCCUGCUGGCGCUCUAUGCCUAUGGGCGCACCACCGGGCUGGUGCUGGGCAGUGGCCAUGGCACUUCGUAUGUGGCGCCCAUCCUCACUGGGGACCUGGCCCCACUGGACACCUACCGGCUAGAUGUGGCCGGCGGGGACCUCACUGACUAUCUGGCUCAGCUGCUGCUGGCCGCUGGCCACUCACCACCUAAGGCAGGGCUGGUCAACCAGAUUAAAGAGGCCUGCUGCUACGUGGCCAUGGAUAUGACGGCCGAGAUGGCCCGUACCCAGGCCCAGGCCCGAGCGGACUUUGUGCUCCCGGACAAGCAGGUUAUCACGCUGGGCUCUGAGCGAUUCUGCUGCCCUGAGGCCCUCUUCCAGCCUAAUCUGCUGGGCCUCAACCAGCCCGGCCUCCCGCAGUUGGCCCUACUAAGCAUCAGCCGGCUGGAGGCCAAGCAGCAAGAGCAGCUGCUGGCCAAUGUGGUGCUGGAUGGAGGCAGCACCCUGCUGAUGGGCUUCCCUGAGCGCCUGAAACAGGAGCUGGGCCCCAGUGCCACCGUGCUGAGUUCUCCCCACCGUGCAGUGGCCGCCUGGCUUGGGGGCUCCAUCAUGGCCUGUCGGGAGUCCUUCCAGAGCCUGUGGCUCAGCCGUCGUGAGUACGAGGAAGAAGGCCCAUGGGCUAUCUACAAGUACCAGCUGUAA